AUGGCCUCAGAUUUCAGCCGCCACAUCCGAGGAAGCGAUCGUUCUACUGCCACAUUGGCAGCACACCUCACCAGAUCUUCAGAGGCCUUGCUUGACGCACCCAAAGCAGUAUCCCAAAACGACGAUAACUCAGUUUUGUUGACGGAUUUGACCCUCGCAUUUGACCUGUUGUACACACUCGGUCACGACGUGGCUGUCUUACUUGCAGAAGUCGCCAUAUCAAGUGCAAGUCCAACCAGGUCAUUUCCAGCAUGCCAAAAGCAUAGAUUAACGGUUACAGGUGAUGAGUUUGUGGAAACGGAUUACGUAGUGCAUGCAGAGAACGCCAUCCAUAGCACCUCAUUCAGUACCUCUUCGCUUACACUUACUUCUCCUACACGCCAUACACAUGCUUAUAAGGAGGUUCAAGUACUUAGUCCGAGUGCGACGGAAGAUGAAGAAACAGGUGUUUCAAAACCUUCGCACUUAGAACCACAGUGUAGGACCCCAACACACCAAUUGGGACACCAGGAUUCGACACCAGCAAAUUCAGGCGCUUUUUCGCUGUAUGGCAUUGAUACAGUGGAUCGCUCAAAUGACCUGUCCGGACCUGAGUGCCUAAAUAUAGCACGUCCGAAUUAUACAGCUCUAUCAUACCCUGGCAUCCCUUAUUUCAUCACAGACCAUUCAAUGAAGAGCAAACUGAUCUUUUGCUACUUUAACAAUGUGUCACACUGGUGCGAGCUUGCAGACUCACUUCAGACUUUCAGUGCUCUCCACGGACGACUUGUAGUACAGUCGAGUUGUUUUGGCUCAGCUGCGUUGGCAGUCUCCGCCAGAUUCCUUGAAAACACCGCCAAUCUUCAUGAGAGCUCCAACUUAAGUUCUCAACUGUACGAAUAUGCAAGAUUACUACUUCAGGGGGCAUCUGACAACCGAAGUGCCCAGUUAUCCAACAAUGCUUCAUUUCUUCUUACUACCGUCGUUCUCUCUUUAUAUUGUGCAAUGACAUUUCAGGCAGAAGAUCUACGAACACAACUACGCUCCUACAUAAACAAGCUGCAACUUCAUACAUGGGAAGGUCCACUCUCCUUGACUUCGAUAGCCUGUUUUUGGGCAUUAGCUCGUCUAGAUGUAUGGGCUGCAUAUCAAUGCCGGCAAUCAACACUUAUUCACAAGGACUUAUGGCACAGAUUCUCAUCUGCAAACACCAAUAAUGUGCAGGAUCACUGGGCCAACAGAGUAAUAUUCAUCUUUUCCAGAAUCGUCAAUCAAGUCCGUCAUGACCAUUGCGCCCCCGGCACUCUUCAGGAGCUGUGGGAAGCUCUGGAAUCCUGGGUUAUAUCGAGGCCUGAGUGCAUGAAACCUGUCUUGGAACUUGAAAUUGGAGAGAACGAUGCAUUCCCUGUAAUCCUGUUCAGCAACUCCUCUGCAGUAUGUGGAAACAUAUUCUAUCACACCAGCUGCAUAUUGCUCCUUCAAACAUCUCAGCUACAACCGUUCCCACGUGCGUUAGUUACAAUUUCAAACCCCCUUUGUCAUGCCAGACGGGUUGGUGCCAUUUCUAUAUCAAAUGACCCGAAUCAGUGGAUCAAUAACAUCGAACCGAUUGCAAUUGCUGCGCAGCACUACAUGAGACCUGAAGAACAGAUCGUGAUAUUGAAACACCUCAGGGAGAUUAGGACGUGUACAGGAUGGGAGACUGCAAAUAAGUCCCGGUUAUUACGCAAGCAUUGGGGUUUGGAGUAG